CGACAUCUUCUCCGCCUGCCUCUCCAUUUCAUUUACUCAUUCGCUUUAGUACACGGAAAACCGCGGCGCGCAACUUCGUGGGCAGGGGGGGACAAACAAGAGUCCAAAGUGCCAAUCGCAACAACGCUCUUCUUCGACGGUUCGAGAUUGUACGUCCUCCAUGUUGUUGAUGUGUUCACUUGUCGACGGUUUGCUACCAAGCUACCUACCUUUACCUAUUUCCACUUUCGGUCAGCCCUCAAAUUGUUGAACGACAUCGCCAUCAUCCACCUCUCACUUCGUCAUCGCUUCCGUCCGCUCUCGACUGCCACCCCGCCGCGCGCUGCACCCUCCCAGCCCCCCUCCUCGAUAUCCAGAACACACAUUAACGUCUGUCACAUAGCACCCGCGAUCUAAACUCUCGGGACUCGAGAGUCAGCACGCGCGCCGCGACGUUGUCAGCUCAUACCGCUUACCACGCCGCCUACACCUCUUGUUGAACACUACCACGAUACUCAGUGUCGCUUGACUCUUCCACACGUCGUCCACCUGCCUGGGCACUUACCUACGCAAAUGCUUGCUCGAGCAAGCCAUAAUGGCGGCAGCUAACAAUCCCUUCGGGGCGCCUUCGGCUCCGGCUGUCAACCCUUUCGCGAAACCAAUACAAGCCGCACAGCCUACCCAAACAGCAUCGGUUUUCGGAAGCUCAUCAGCUCCUAAUCAGAAUCCGUUCGGGAAGCCUUUAUUUGGCCAGGCGCAAUCGUCCGCGCCGAGCGCUAGUCCCUCCCCUUUUGCUCAGAAUCCUUUUACGAAGCCAGUGGGACCGACGAAUUCUGCGGGCGGAAACAAGUCCCCAUUCUUUGGCGCGCAAACCACGACACAACAAGCAACAGGCUUUGGGGCGGCGAAUGCCAAUUCCCAGAAAGGACCACAGGGCUUUGGCGGCGGAAAGCCGUCUGGCCCCAGCAAUGGAUUCGGAAAUUCGCAAGCCAGUCAAAUGUUUGGAAAGGGAAAGGCCACGCGACAGCAACCACCACAGUCAGACGGCCGUGAUACUGGAGCGGCUCUAAUGAAUAAGUUCCAGCGCGGCCAACGAAAGAACAAUGAGCGCCCUGCAAAAACCCAGCCGAAUGCGACGCGUGCUGUCGGCAUCAAUAGCACCUCUGGCGCACCGACUCGAGAACCGACCGAGCGCACACGCGAGUUGUCCGAAUUUGCUUAUAGCUAUCACAACAGAAUCAAUGACCAGCUCAAAAAGGACAAUCUGAAGCCACCGCAAUGGCCGACGACUGAACUCGGCAAUCCGAACAAACGUGACGAUGUCGAGAACCUCAAGCAGUCAUUCAAGAAAUACCGUACUCGCGUAUACGAUGCCCUACGGAAAGUUGAGCUUAUCGAUGACCCUGAAAAGAGAAGGAAACUUGAGGAUGCGUUGCCCUUUAAGGGUAUCUGUGAGGACAUGUGCCCGGAGUUUGAGCAAAUAUCCCGUAUCGCCGAAUUCGAUGUCAAGAAUGAAGAGAAGGAAACCCAGCCCGGCGGGCUCACAGCAUGGCCAGAACCUUCGAAGAUGGUGAAGAAGUUCGGUCGAUCAGCAGCCGGUCAAGAUGCGCCCCUCCCUAUGGAUGUCCGUUCCAUCGACGCUUUACGAAGAACCACCGACUACCUCUUCAACGAUCUUUUACAGUCUGAGAACAACCUGCCAUCCAUGCACAACUACCUCUGGGAUCGUACACGAGCAGUACGCAAGGAUUUCACCUUUCACUCGCAAAAAUCGGCAGAGGAGAUGAAGGACAUGGUCUACUGUUUCGAGGCGAUCACUCGCUUCCACGCCACGGCUCUUCAUCUGCUGUCCCGGAAAGGGUUUGCAAAUGAGGAUUUCGAGCAGAAACAAGAGAUCGAGCAACUAGGCAGGACCAUCCUCUCAUUGAUGGAGGCAUACGAUGUCUGCAAGGAGAAACACGUUCUUUGCGAGAAUGAGGCGGAAUUCAGAGCUUAUUACCUACUUCUCAACGCACACGAUCCCUCUAUAGCACAGAGGAUUCGUACGUGGGGAAAGGAAUAUUGGUUCGAUUCCGAAGAGAUUCAAACAGCACUGUCUCUCAUCCAAGUCAUGGAAGACUUGCGGGAGUCAAAGGGACCCAUCAAGCCACGCCGAAUGACGACCAUGUCCGACACCGCCUUCACCAAUUUCUUCGCCAUUGUCGAAGACCCGCGAGUGUCAUACACCAUGGCCUGUGUUGCAGAGGUCCACUUCACCUUUGUCCGCCAAUGUAUUCUCAAGAAUCUUGUCAAGGCUUAUGCGCGCCUACGCGAUGCCCCCAGGACGAUCACUGCGUCCGAUCUUAACAAAAUGUUGAGGUUUGACACUGAUGAGGAGGCGGUUGCCUUCGCCGAGGAGCAUAAUUUCGAGUUUACCACUUGGGUGCCCCCGGGAAAGCCAGCGGUGUCCGAGCCAUACCUACUCCUGAAUAGCAAGAGGAAACAUGUCCCAUCGCCUAGAGUUCCCCAGUCCUACUCAGGACUGAUGGUUGAGCGGAAACGUGCAGGACAAUCGUUACCCUACGUUAUAUACAACACGAUUUAUGAAGAUAUUGCCGACAAUACAUCUGCCAAAAUGGAAUCAGAUACUCAUGGCGGCGGUCUCUUUGUUAACCCUCAGCAAGCUUUGCCUGCUUUUCCUACUUCACAAGUCAACAAACUUCAAGAUAUCGCAACAUCAACACCAUUUACGUCCAUGUCUGGAGCUGUACCGCCCAUCACCAAGACGCCUGAGAACAUCCCGAUGUUCCAAACAGCGGUAAAAGAUUUCGCAACUGGUGCAACGACCUCGAGUCCCUUUUCUCGCCCUUCGCCAGCGCAACAAGCACAACAGGCCGCAAAUCCGUUCUCCAUGUUCGGUCAACAUUCAGCUGUGCCACCAGCGACUCAAACGCAAAGUCCGGCCCCGGCUCACAAGCCUACCGGUGUCUUUGGACAGGCCUCUCAGACCCCACAACCGACAUUCGACUUCAAACCGUCUCGAAUCGCGAUCUCAGCUCCAGGUUCCUCGGCACCCACUGCUCCAACAGCAGAUUCAGAUACAUCGAAGCCUGUUACGUCGAAUUCGCUUGCUCCGGCCACUUCCAUUUUUAAUUCGGGCAGUGCGCCGGCCAACCCGUUCGCGUCAUUUUCAAACCAGAAUCAGAGCACUGCUCCAACCCAAUCCUCAGAGACCACGCAGCAAACGUCUUCAGGAUUCACGUUCGCUCCAACAGCACCUAACUCUAAACCUCUCCCUAGCUCCACUGCAACCGCAGGAACAGAACAACAACAGGCCAGCACCCCGGCGGUGCCUACGCAAACCCAACUGCCAGGGACGCCUUCGAUGAUAUCGACAACACCCUCAGUCUUCUCCGCCCCUCCCAAAUCAGUCGACAGCACAGCGCCCACUCCACCCGCAACACAGCCUUCAUCAGUCUUCGCUCCGCAGGCCGCUUCCAACUCACCUUUUGGGAUCAAGGGUACAUCCAAUGAUGGUGCUCCUUCAUCUUUGUUUCCUACGGCACCGCUUUCGCAGCCCUCACUAUCUACAUCUGCGCCUUCGCAAUCUGCUCCUCCUCCUCCAAGGGACUUGAUGGGUGAUUUCUCGAAGUGGUUUGUCAUGGGUGAUGGCGGUUUGCUGGAAGAGUUCACCGCCCACUACCUCCAAGAAUUGGUAGAGGGCGCCUUCAAUCAGCACCUGAAAGAGGAAGCUGAACGCAGGCGCAGGGAAGAAGAUGAACAGUCGUGGAGAGAGGCACGUGCACAUAUGACAAAUCGGCUACAGCUCAAAUACUUCUACCGGUGGCGGGAAGCUGCCAGGAAGUUGGCACAGAGACGAAUUCUUCGCGAAGGAAAGGAGAGGAUGCGACUAUACAGAGAACAGGAGCAGCGUGCGCGAAAGAAGAAUAAGGAAGAUGAGGAGAUGUUACGCAACCAAGAAAGAAUAGAAGCCAAGAAAAGGAUUCAGGCUGACGGUUCCCGACUCAAGCAAUUAGCGCUGAAUGCUUCCAGGGUUGGGCGAGGCCAGCAGCAAAUAGAGGAAGAACUUCUUGCCAGCGGCGUCUUCUCUGGAGUGCGUGAUGAGCGCGCAGCCGUCCGCCGAGCCAUCAAGGAAGCAGGGACUAAUGGCAACUGGGGCUCUCCACAGCCAGGAAAGACGUUUGGAUAUGGUUCCGAGUCAGGAUUCAAGCUUGAACGGGCGCCAUCAACAGCUUCCAGACGUCGGGAUGCUGGGAGUCUCAGAGACUCGCUGGCAGGUUCACCGGAAAGCACCGGCAGCAAAGAAGGUGGCAAGACGCGAGCACUGCGCGAAAAGUUUGGUCUGGGAGGCCCUAGGGGAAGCUUCUCAUCCGCUGGCGGUAGCUCGGUUCAGUCUUCCAUGGUCACCAAGUUCCGCCAUUCACUCAAUGGAAUCGGUAUCAAUGGUGGGAACAGCAUGAUCAAGCGAGCGAGCAAUUUCUCCACCCCACGAAAGCGCUCGAUCGAGCCUUCUCCAGCUACUGAGGGUAGAGAUCCCAAGCAGCCACGGAGAUCAAUGCUGGGAAUGAGCAUGGCAAACACAAGCCUGCCCAACAUCAGCCUGAGACAAGGUACCAGCACCAACAGUCCGAAACCUGAGGGAUUCAAAACUAGUCACUGGGAUCUCAGGGCCCGCGGGCUGGUGCCAAUGCCAGACGGGCAGUGGCUCCCGGAAGCCAUUGCCACCGCCAUAAAAGAAGGCAAGCUCAAACCACCUAGUCCUCCAACUCGCCACAACUCUUACUCACCCGCCAUCCGACCAUCGACCGAACACGCCAUCAUGUCGGAUGACGACGAGUCCAUGGGCAUGGGUAGCACCUACGACAACGGGGACGAUGUUGAGGUGGAUGAUUCUGCCUCCAUGACCAGCUGGCGCUUGAGGGUCGCCAGACUCACGGGCUCCACUAGUCUCGUCCAACAACACCUCCAAACACCCAAGCAACCGCCUGCCGACUACAGCACCUCUAGCAGACUUGCCAAGCUCAAGGCGAGAAUGGGAUACGGCUCACCAGGAGCUAGUGGCACGGGAUCUCCCGCUGUUCGCCCGUCGCCCACGCCUUCUGCCGCUUCAGCGACCGCUCGGCCAUUUUCCAGAAGAGAAGCCAGCUGGAGCGCCAUUCUCGACAAAAAGAGGAAGCGAGACCUGGCGAACGACGAGACGGCUGCGGCUGCGGCGGCGGCGACUGAAGCUUCUUCUGCUGCCCAAGGACAAGGACGAGGACGAUCAGAGAAUUCUCCGCCCAUGGCCAAGAAGGCAUACUAUGCUGCUUCGGCGGUUAGCAGAGGGAGCACCGCUGCUUUGUCAACGAGAGAGGAGACAAGCGCGGCAGUGGAGGAGACGCGGAGGAUGUUGAGGGAGUUGAGAGAAACGAUGGAUAAGCUGGACAGCGAUAAGGGGAUAUGGAGGGAAGAAGUUGGUGGUGGGAAGACUUAGUCUAGGGUAUUACUUGCAUUGAGUGGGGGAUGAUGAAGAAUCGGAGAAUCAUUUGAUGAUGAAAGCAAUCGAGAGAAAGAGGACAGCAGGGUUGAAUUCAAAUAUGAGAUUACAUCCUAAGGUUGCCUAACAGAAGCUGGAGUCAGGCGUAAAAUGUUUACGAAUCAGACACUCAAAUGAAAAUUAGAUAGAUAGGGAGGGAGGGAAGGACUCUGAGGCCUUCAUGCACUCGGUGCACAGAUUAUACUUGCUUCUACCUUUGAGCUGCUUCAAGAGACUUACCGUACCAAAACCAUAGCAUGAUAGAGAAUGACGAUACCCAAAUCCGGUA